UGAUCAGAGGUCAAAGCUGUCAAGCUGUCAAAGUGUUCAAUUGGAAAAUAUAAAAUAUCGACAUAAUUUUUUUAAACUGCUUGUUUCUUAUUUAUAACAAAUAUAUUAUUCUUAAAGUUAAAUAAAAAAAGGAAAAUUGUACGGUUUUCUUAUGGAUAUGAUAUGCCAAUAAUAUAACCACGUGAAAAUAGUCUCAAAGUGUUAACUAUUUAAGUAUGUCUUUGUCUGAAAGUAUGAGCCCCUCAAGAGAUUCUUGUACAUCGGGAAACAGCAGCAUGGCAGGAAGCGAUUCAAAUUUACCAAGAGAUUUUAGCAGACUUUCUUUAUUCUCAACUGGUUCGACGACGUCGUCCCAAGAUGAACAUUUUAGUUGUGUAGGACAUGCAGAACAUAGCUUGUCGUGCAUGAAAAAAUAUUUACAAGCCGGAAAACUAUGUGAUGUUGUAUUAGUAGCCGGACAAAAUGGAAGAAAAGUAGCUGCACAUAGAUUAGUACUUUCUGCAGCAAGCGAGUACUUUGCUACAAUGUUUACAGGAAGUUUAAGUAAUGAUGAACAAAGAGAGAUUACUUUGGUUGACAUUAAUGGUGAUGUAUUGCAAGCAGUUGUAAAUUAUUGUUACACUGGCACAAUAGAGAUAAGGGAAGAUAAUGUUGAAACGCUGUUGGCCACAGCAUGUCUGAUGCUUUUACAUGAAGUAGUUGAAGCUUGUUCUAGAUUUUUAGCUCAUCAAUUGCAUCCCAGUAACUGUUUAGGAAUUGCUAUAUUUGCAGAACAUCAAUCUUGUACCAGUCUAUUAAAUGAAGCUAAUGCUUACACUAAUCAACAUUUUAUGCAGGUAAUUCUAAACCAAGAAUUUCUUCAAUUAAAUGUGGAUCAAAUGUGCAGUUUGUUAAACAGCGACGAUCUGAAUGUAACCUGUGAAGAGCAAGUCUUUAACGCAUUGAUGAGUUGGAUACAGCAUGAACCAGCAAAAAGGAAAAAGCAUAUCAGCAAAUUGUUGGCUUUAGUUAAGUUGCCAUUUUUGACUCCUGCAUUCUUAUCGGACCAAGUUGAACCUGCCAUUGGUAGUGACACUUUCUGUCAAAAACUCAUCAUGGAAGCUAUGAAAUGGCAUUUGUUACCUGAAAGAAGGGUGCAGAUGUCUUGUAGCAGAACCAGGCCUAGGAAAGCAACAAUUGGAAGAUUAAUGAUUGUGGGUGGUAUAGAUAAUAACAAAGGUGCUACUACUAUUGAAAGCUAUGACCCAAGAUCUGACACAUGGAUGACAGCUCAUCAUAUGAGUGGAAGAAGAUUACAGUUUGGAAUAGCUUUAAUGGAUGACAAGCUUUUGGUGGUUGGAGGAAGAGAUGGUCUGAAAACUUUGAACACCAUGGAAUGCCUUGACCUAAAAACCAACACUUGGACCCAGCUGUCGCCUAUGAACACCCACAGGCACGGCUUGGGCGUGGCCAUACUGGGUGGAACUCUAUACGCAGUAGGCGGCCACGACGGCUGGAGUUACCUCAGCACCGUGGAACGAUGGGAUCCGACCACCCGCUCUUGGCAGUACGUGGCCGCUAUGCAAAACCAACGCUGCUCGGCGGGCGUGGUGGUUCUCAACGGGAAACUCUACGCCAUCGGAGGCAGGGACGGGCCCAACUGCCUCAGAACGGUGGAAUGCUACGACCCGCACACGAACAAGUGGACGUUGAUCCCGCCCCUGUCACGCCCCAAAGGCUGCGUGGGCGUAGCCACGGCCAAUGGUCACCUCUACGUGAUGGGAGGCCAAGACGCGGCCGCGAACAGUCCCAUAUCUUCGAGGUUCGAUUGCGUGGAAAGGUACGAUCCUACGACGGAAACAUGGACGACGGUAAGUACGAUGUCGGGGAAAAGAGAUUCGGUGGCUUGCACCCCGUUUGGGGAUAAAUUGUACGCGAUAGGCGGGUACGAUGGGAACGUUUAUUUAAAGAGCGUUGAGGCGUACGAUCCGGUAAGUAAUGAAUGGAUCUCAUUGGCCCCUCUUAAAACAGGUCGGGCUGGAUCUUGCGCUGUAGCCGUUGAUAAUCGUCUGUUCGAAAAAGGCGAAUAAUAAUUAUAAAAAGUACCAUAUAGACUAUAGACCCUGUGAACAGUAUAAAGAUAUAAGGAGUAGGUUAAAAUAUAUGAGUAUCCAGUUGUUGAAGAUUGAACUUUUUCUUUGUUGAUAGUAUUACUCGGAGGUAUUACAAUUGCAAUUAAAAACUUGUAUUAAAACAGCGGACGGUAUUACUGACAACUUUAUUGUUCCGCCAUCUUCUUUCGUCUUCUUUUUGACAGACAUACUUUUAAUCUUAAGGUCGUCCCACACGUACAGUAACUAAAGGCAACUUUACACAUAAAAAUAGGAAAACAGAAAACAAUAAAAACACUGAAUGACUAUUAAACACCAAUUCAAUUAUAUUAAACUACCUAAGUCUGACAUCAAGUCAGUGGACAAAGAUUAAAACUUUUCCAAACUAAGCCAUAAACGCAGAUGCAAAAUUAAAUAAGCUAUUAGAUAUUCAAUUGACUUCAUUUUUGUUACAAUAAGAAUCAUGUAUUUAAUUCUAUGAUAUGUAAAAAAUCAACCAUUGGUAUAGCCUGAAACUGCUGUAUAAUUUAUUUUUAUUAGUGAUGGGAAAAUCGUAUUAUUUCAAUAAUCGAAUUAUCAGGCUAUGAGUGAUUUUAAUAAUCGGAUUAUAAUUCGAAUUAUAAAUCACUCAAGAGUGUACUUGCAACGUCACAAGGUCGUCACUCAUAAUAAUUCAUCACUCAGUUCUCAGUAUUCGAAAUUCGACUAGCUUCUACGUCCCACUAGUCGCAUACCCAACGUUGCCAUUUGUUGUUCCUUAAUUUCACAGUUCUGCACGCGCAUAAACGAUAAUCGGUCGAGUAUUUCGCAUGCAAUCUAAACAAAAAAAAACUUACCCCAGAGACUAACCAACACAAUCAAUUAUUGCUAUUACCGACAACUGCAAAUAAAUAAAAAAAUAAAAAAGUUUUGGUUUAGGUUGGGACACGAUCCUGGGACCUCUCGUUCCCGAAGCGACGACCUUACCAAUGGAUCCACAGCUGCUCUUGCAAAAUUGGCUAUAGCUAGGCGUUACUGUCCGUCAUUCUUAAAACCGUUCAUAAAAUAAGAUAACAGCAAACGGCAACAUUGUUGGGUAUGCGAGUUGACUAGUGGAACGUAGAAGCUUCUGUCGUCAUAAUCUCUAUAGUUAAAUUAAAUUAAAACAGGUUAAACAAACCCUCAGAUUGUUAAUAGCGAAUCGGGUUGUUUGUCUCCCUCUCUGUCUAUUAGUUUCUCGAUAACGAUAAAGAAAGAGACUACCGAACAAUCCCGCCGAAACAUCCACUACUCGUAUUGAUGAGUCAUCGCAAACGAUGCGAUUAUAUUUUAUUUAUCAUUCAUUAAAAAAAUUUGAAUUAUUUUUCAACAAUCGGAUGAUGACGAUUAUUUUCAUAAUCGAAUUAUGAAUAAUUUAAUAAUUUGAUUAUCCCAUCACUAAUUUUUAUCAAAUUGUAGGUAAAGCUCUUCAGCACAACAAUGAGGAAAAUGGAAGAAAUAACAUCUUAAAAUUAUAUUUAUGGUCUUUUAUCUGUACUGCCAUGUUAAAAGAAAAACGCCUUAACUACAAUUGAGAUACAAGGUGUCACUAAGCAGAUUCAGAUAUUUUCCAACUAAAUGAGAGGCAAGAAAUACCUUGUCUUGCCUUAUUUUCGGAGUUAUCACGGAAUAUAAUGUUACCUUAAGUGUAAAUUUUACAAUUACGGUAAUAUAAGAGUGCCCUAUCAACAAAUAUUAACACGAAAAAACAUAACUUGUUCAACUCAUUGGAUAAGGAAGUUUUCCUUAACGUGGCAGUGUAUUUGCCGUGAUGCUUGGAAAGGUUCUUAAGCUCCGCCCUUUGAAGUUGUUGAAGGUAAGCUCCGUUGAAGGUUAAGCUCCGCCCUUUGAUUGAAGGUUAACGACUUUAAAGCCGUCUCUGUAGAGAUAUUAAAAUAACAGAACAGCAAUAAGACUCGUAAGAAAGAUAGCUAUAUAUUAAGGUUUCUUUGUUCUACAUGAAUCAAAAGCACAAUAUCCGCAUAUACCAGCCGUUCAGAGUACUACACUACCCUAUUGCUCAUAGUACACUCAGUGCUCAUAGUACAGGCGCAAAUAUCGAUCUGACUCAUCUCUUAUGAGCGACGAGUCAACAUUUAUUGACGAUACUUCAAAAUUUUUCUUUUUUGUAAAGAAAAUUGGUUAUUGUAGAGACAAAACUUCCAAUAGUAUUGUAGUAGUGUACUAUUAAUGGUGACGAGAUAAUCAAAUUCUUAUAUCUUUAUACUGUGUUGUAAAUCUGUAAAGAACAACUUUCUUGUCUAUCUAGAUAUGACCAUAAGCAUUAUAAUUGACACUAAACACAAUAAUUUGACAGUUCUAGACAGACAAGACAUUUCUCCUCUAUUAGUUUACAUAGUCUAUACAAAAAUUCAACGGUGUCAGGUUUCAAUGACGCUUUGACAUAUAUACAAUUGAAUAAAAAUCAAAAUUACUUUUUUGCAAACGAAAAAUCUAUUUAUGUUAGAGCCACAUGUGCAGCUGUUAAAUGAAUCAUGACCUUAGUUGUGGUCCUACCAUUACAAAAAUUGAAAAAUAAGAUUCCUUUGUAAGGACUCAAGACUGAUGAGGCAGCAUUUAUUUUCGCGAUGAAUAUUGAGACUGACCAUCUGUGACAAUGUAUUUUAUGGACUUCUUUAUUAACUUUUAAGAUGGCUUUUUAGGAACCUCGAUAAAUAUAAACUGCCCAAUAAUUUUUAUUAGAUUUAGGCUUGUAUUAAUUUAGUGAAUACAUGACACAUGACUAAAUUUAAGUUUAUUAAAAAUAUAGUAAGGUUUGUUCAAUAAAUCAGAGAAUAUUUGGACAGACAGAAAAUACUAUUUAUCUGUGAGUUAAAAUAACAAACAGAACUGUCAUUGUCAUAAAUCCCCUCGUUGAGCAGACCCUGUUUGGUGAAUAGUAAUAGCAUUUAUUUUUCUUUUAACGAAAUAUCCUAAUGAGUACAAAGAUUAAUAUUUUUAUCAUUAUUUACUAUUUCAUAAGCUGUCAUAUAUUCACUAUACUAUCAUAAACUAAAAUAUUAUUCUUAAUUUUAUAUGUGUAUACCUAAUAGACUAGAAUUAUCUGUAUCGUAAUAUGCAUUUAUAUCAAUUACAAUUUGUAUUAAAAUAACAAUAUAUAAACUUUGUCGAUAACUAAAACUUUUAAAAUACAAAAUGUAUUAUAAAUAGGGGUGUUAAUCUUACAGGAUACAUUAAGAGUUUUAGCUGUCCGCAUUUACUUUUCGCUUCAGUUCAAUCCCGCAAAAUUUUCUGUGAUAUUGUAGUUUUAGUCACAGUAUGAUCUUUGUGUGCUAGGGAAUGGAUAAUUAGUGUGUAAGUUGGUUUUCGUUGAAGGUCAUUCUGUGGCAAUCAAUUUUAUAAAUACAAUGUGAUAAUUAUUGAAAUAGUUUUUUGGGAACCAAAAAUUUGUGUAUCUUGUCAAUAAAAUUUUUCAAUCUGA